AUGGCUGCAAACUCGGCAACCCCCAAGUUUGAUCUUCCAUUAAUAGAUAUCUCGUCAUAUGGACAGGGACAAGAGGACAGACUGGUAGAGGACCUUAUGGCCGCCGGAAAAUGGCCUGGUUUUUUCUAUCUGGUGAACCAUGAAAUAUCGCACGACGAGAUUGACAAAAUUAUAAAUUUUGCUCAAAGCUAUUUCAAAAACACUUCCUCGAAGGAAAAAAUGAAAUGGAAAAAUUCAAGUGGCGAUACAGGGUACACGGAUUUGAGGGAUGAGAAGCUAUCUGGCUUGGGCAAUGGUGAUUUGAAGGAAUCGUAUUAUCUCAGCGAGGAAAAUUUGAAAAAAAACAAUAUCCCAGCAGAGUUUGUUGCUGAGAAGCAAUUUCUGGAUUUAUUUGUUACUAAAUGCAAAAGAGUCGCAAAUACAGUCCUCCAUGGUUUAUCUGUGGGCUUGGGUUUACAACCAGACUUUCUUUCCAGCAAACACAGUGGAGAGAGAAAUCGUCUAAGACUGAUUCAUUAUCCUCCCGUUGAGGCCGUUUCAGAUCCAGACCACCCGAGCCUGGAUAUAAGGGCAGGACAGCACUCAGACUAUGGGUCGCUGACCAUGCUAUUUGUAUCUCCAAAAGAUAAAGGAGGCCUCCAGGUUCUCAUUGAUAACACCUGGUUUGACGUACCUAUAAUCCCAUACACAAUCAUCUUCAAUAUUGGUGAUGCGCUAGAGUUCUGGACGGCAGGAAUGUUUCGCUCAACUGUACAUAGAGUUCUUAUUCCCAGAGACGACUCUGAAAACAGGGAUAGGUACAGCAUACCGUUCUUCGUUCAGCCCGACACUGAUGUGAUACUGAGUCCGAUUGGAUCGGGUGGGGACAUAAGCAAGUUUGAGAGAAUUCUCAAAGAAAAAUAUCCAGGAGGCAUGCCUACUACUGCUGGUGAACAUUUACAGAGCAGGAUUAGGACUACUUAUUCUUAA